AUGGGGAUCGGCAUCUGCAUCUCUCACAAGAUUGCUGAUGGGGCGUCGGUUUCUGCUUUCCUCAACGCAUGGUCUAAAAUCGCCAACAGUGGAGUCGAUGGUGAAGCGAGCCUCAUCACUCCCUUCCUGAAAGCAUCCGAGCUCUUCCAACCAAAGGACAUAAACUACCAAAUGCCAUCCGGACUCAUCAGCAGAGAGAAGCUUUCGAUCAAGAGGUUUUGUUUCAACGGUGAGAGCUUGGCUCGCCUCAAGGCCGGGUUCGGUGGUGCCAAUCCUACUCGUGUUGAGGCCGUGACCGCCCUCAUAUGGAAAUCCGCCUUGGCAGCAGCAAGGAAGAGGCCAGAGUGGAAGGAGAAAUAUCCCCCAUCGUCAGCAGUCAUACAUGCGGUGAACAUCAGAAGCAGGACAAGGCCACAACCAUUGCCUGAGACUACCUUGGGCAAUCUGGUGCAGGCCGUUGUGGCACCACUCAUGGAACCAAACAAGGGUGACGAAUUGCAGGACUUUGCAGGCAUUCUCAGAAAUUCAAUAAGGGCAAUUGACAGCGAAUAUUUGAGCGCGCUUCAAGGCGAGAAUGGAUUGGCCAAGGCCUGGGAGAACCUCAUGGCGACACGGAAGCUGGCAGCGUCGUCUGCCAUCGAGCUCUACAGGUUCAGCAGCUGGGCGAGGUUCCCGUUCUACAAGGCUGAUUUCAGCUGGGGAAGACCUGCUUGGGUAUGCACCACCAGUGUUUCCAUAAAAAAUUCGGUCACUUUGAUGGGAACUAGAUGCGGGGAUGGGAUCGAAGCAUGGAUCACCUUGGCCGAGCACGACAUGAUCGAGUUCGAGCACAACGAUGAGUUGCUACAAUUCGUUUCGCCAAACCCCUGA